AUACCAAGUUAUUUUAAAUCACAAGGUAUUUUUCCAAACCCAUUUUGGAUUAAUUUAAUUUCUUUAGUCCAGUUAAUUCGUGGGAUGGAUGUAAAGAUUUGUUCGCUGAGGGAUACAAGUUUUCCAGUUUUGAAUUUGUAA